AUGGGCUGGAGCUUGGAUCGUUAUCUACAAAUUGAUAUUGAUGAUAUAUUUGUUGGGGCACGCGGUACGAGAAUGGUGGAAAGUGAUGUCAGAGCGCUACUAGAGAGUCAGAAUGCUAUGCGUCGCUUCGUGACGAAUUUUACCUACAUGCUUGGAUUCUCCGGCGGGUAUUUUCGAAACGGGGACGACAGUGAGGACAAAGGAGAUGAAUUGCUUGUUGAACUAGCAGAUCAUUUCAAUUGGUUUCCUCAUAUGUGGCGUCAUAAUCACGCCCAUGAGCACAACUCAACUUAUCUCGAGGCUACGAUGGCGCAAAAUUUGAUGUUUGCACAGAACAUGCGUCUACCUGUGAGAUAUCCUUACGCUAUAGCCCCUCAACACGAUGGCGUUUAUCCAGUGCACUCGGAGUUGUACAGAGCUUGGAAGAAGGUUUGA